AUGGCCGCCGCGCUCCGGCCGCUCCGCGCCCUCGGCCGCGCCGCGCCGCCGCCCCGCGCCCGCCGCCUGCAGCUCAGCGCGGCCCGGGGCGACGCCGUGGUGAUCUCGGGGAGGAAACUGGCCCGGCAGAUCCGGCAGGAAGCGCGGCACGAGGUGCAGCACUGGGUGGCCGCCGGCAACAGGAGACCCCACCUGAGCGUGGUGCUGGUGGGGGAGAACCCGGCCAGCCACUCCUACGUCCUCAACAAAACCAAAGCGGCGGCGGAUGUGGGGAUCAGCAGCGAGACCAUCCUCAGGCCAGCCUCCAUCAGCGAGGAGGAGCUGCUGGAGCUGAUCACCAAACUCAACAGCGACGCGGGCGUGGACGGGCUCCUGGUGCAGCUUCCCCUGCCUGGUGACGCCACGGUGACCAUCUCGCACCGCUACACGCCCAAGGAGCAGCUGAAGCAGCACACGAUCCGCGCCGACAUCGUGGUGGCCGCCGCNAUGUGUGACGCCACGGUGACCAUCUCGCACCGCUACACGCCCAAGGAGCAGCUGAAGCAGCACACGAUCCGCGCCGACAUCGUGGUGGCCGCCGCAGGCAUCCCCAACCUGAUCACGGCCGACAUGGUGAAGGAGGGCGCGGCGGUGAUCGACGUGGGGCUCACGCGCGUGCAGGACCCGCUCACGGCCCAGCCCAGGCUCGUGGGGGACGUGGAUUUCGAAGGGGUGAGGAAGAAGGCGAGUUACAUCACGCCGGUGCCCGGCGGCGUGGGGCCCAUGACGGUGGCCAUGCUGAUGAAGAACACCAUCAUCGCCGCCAAGAAACGGCACGGGGCCCUGAACGGAGCCGGGUUUAGCGAGGGAUCCCUCUGA